ACUAUCCCGUACAGGAAUGUAAUCAGCGGUGGGCUGCGUCCCGGUCGGAUCAUCACCAUCCAGGGAACCGCGUUCCCCAACGCCACCAGGUUCAACGUGAACCUCUGCUUCCAGUCCGGGAUCGCCCUGCACUACAACCCUCGCUUCAACGAGAACUGCGUGCAGGCUCUGCUCGCAGCCAAACUCCCUCAGAAAAGCACCGGAGGGACCGGAGACCUCCAUCACGCUGCCGAUACGGAGCUGGAGACCGUCGCGGCUUGA